ACAAUUUCAGUAUAUAAACUGAAGAUCGUGAAAUCCUGGAUCAUUCUCAAAUCUACCACAAUCUGAAACAUUUGUUUCCUAACUCCAAUCCAAUCAGCAAUCAUGAAGUGCAUCGCAGCUGUAGUCAUGAUGGUCCUGGCCGUGGCCGCCGUUGAGGGAACCUACUACCCGUUGGCUUACUCCGCUCCUCUGGCCUACAGCGUUGCUCCAACCGUUGUCCAGCAAAACCACGGAUACGGAUACCCAUUGGCCUACUCCGGAUACGGAUAUGGAGGAUACGCCCCAAUCUCGUAUGCUGCCCAGGCCUCCGUGGUCCCAACUGCCUAUGCCGCCUACGCUGCCCCAGCUCCAGUGGCCGUCGUUGCCCAACGGGAAGCUCGUUAUGUGGCCGCCAACCGUGGAGCCGUCCAUGAUGCCCCCCUCCAGGGACAUGCCGUCUCCCAGCAGUCCCUGAACCUGCAGCCCGCCCCAGGAACUCUGUAAGAAGGAGUGCUGAAUGCUGUUGAAACAAAUUUGGACCUGAUAGAGUUAAUUUUGAUGUUUGGAAUUGGAAUAAAUGAGAUUUAAUUGCAAAAUUUUGAUCAGUUAUGUUCAUCAAACGAAAAGAUCUCAUCCUUGAAUUCAAAUCUGGAUAAAAAAAACUCUUAUUGAGAACCAAGUGAAUAAGAAAAGCGUAAGCGAAACGGUUUUACAGACUCAUAUUAAUAAUAUUGCACUUAACUUGAAAAACUGAUAAAAAAUUCAUUAA